UCCCAUUUUGAUCUCAAUCAGAGCAUUAGCUAACAUCCGGAACAGCGCAAAGAGGAGAAUCGAAUUGGCAAUUGGAACAAGGCGGAAAAGAAUAGACAAACUGAGCAAGCCAAGCAGAUGGGCAGGGCCGUCACGCCGAUCAAGAAGACCCCGCGCGUCAUCCCGUGGAAAAAGACCAAGGAAGAGCCGCCCUUGAAUGCUGUGGUUGCAGAGGCAGCCGCCCUUGGGAUCAGUAUCCCUCACACGUACCGCUAUCUCCUGGUACAGGAUGGUGUCAUUAUGCCCGCGCAUUACCUCCCUCAUUGGGACGCGGAAGACGUCUCUACUGAAGAUCAGCAGGCAUCUGUAGAAGACCAAACAGUUCUAGAUGCUACUCCAGCUUCCGCUCCUCAACCCAAGAAGCGUAAAGCUAAGAACCCGAAACCGAAAGCUAAGAACCCAAAGCCAAGGCCCAGCCGGAAGAAGACCAACCCUCUACCACAACCAUCUAGCGAAGCACCGGCUGAUCCAGCGCCGCAGGAGUUUGCGCCGGACAUGUACCAAGACGCUCACGCAGAAAGCCUGUUUGACACGCAUUUUGGACGACCAGGAUACUCGCAGCAGGACAUGACGGCAUCUCAAGCCAACCCGGUCGGAUCUCUAGUUCCACCAGUUCCAUCCCUGCGGCUCAAUACCAAACUUCCUGCGAAUCCACCUCCCACGAAUCGCACCCCACGUCCCUUCCUCGAUCUUGUGCCACUGAAUCAAGCCUCGAGGCAUAUCCUAAAUGCAGAAAUCAAGAAGAACGACCAAGAGUUCGACAUCGCGUUGCCUACUGAGGAUCAGACCUCGAAUGUAGCGAUUCUUGCGUUCAUUCUUGGAAUGCCACCAGACUUCUUCGGCAGCGAUUCCACUGUGGAAACUUCCUUUGGUAACGCCGGUGGUCUCAGCGAAGACAGCAUCAUGAGCAAUCAGAGCUUUGGUAGCUCCUUGGAUCAGAGCUUUGAUGGCUUCUUGAAUCAGAGCUUCGAUGGCUUCUUGGACCAGAGCUUUGAUUUUGGAUCAUGAAUGGCAGCUUUAGCUUUUGUAUGAAUAUGUGUGAAGCUUCGGUUGCUAGAGAAGGUUUAGGGACGGCAUAUUGUUUUUUUAGAACGGUACAGCCUGGACUAUUAGUUAGGACCGUCCUAUACU